CUCGCGUCCAAACUUAACCGUUUGAGAGUAAAAGCGAUCAUGGGUUCUUCUUCUAGAAAUUUGUAUGCAGGAAUAGGUGAAGGGCAAUCAACCACACGACCACCUCUUUUUGAUGGAACCAAUUAUACCUAUUGGAAAGAACGAAUGAGAAUCUAUAUUCAUUCCACAAACUUUCAAUUAUGGUUGGUUAUCAAAAACGGGGAAGAGGUGCCAAUGAACAAAGUUGGUGACAAGUUGAUCCCCAAGACCGAAGACGAGUUUGAUGCCGAGGACAUCAAAAAGGUCGAGAAUUAUGCAAAGGCAAUAAACAUGCUUUAUUGUGCCUUAAAUCCUGAUGACUACCGCAAGAUCUCCUGCUGCACAACAGCCAAGGAGAUGUGGGAUAAGCUCGAGGUGACGUACGAAGGAACGGACCAAGUACGUGAAGCCAAGACCGACUUCCUCACCCAAGAGUAUGAGAUGUUCAGGAUGAAGGAGCACGAGAAGAUUGACGACAUGUUCGACCGAUUUUCCAAAAUAGUCAACGAUCUUCAUGCAUUAAAGAAGACUUACACCGACAAGGAUCUUGUGCGAAAGAUCCUACGGAGCUUGACAUCCGAAUGGCGAUCCAAGGCCGAUUCCAUCUAUGAAUCAAUCGCCACAUCAAAUGUCACCAUCGACGGUCUAAGAGGUAAUCUAAAAACCUAUGAAUCUACUAUUCUUAACUCGUCUUUGAAUGACCAAAGGAAAGGGAUGGCAUUAAAAGCCGUCAAAGAAUCAACGAUGGAUGAUUCAAGCGACGAUGAUGAAGUCAAGCUUGUCAUGAAGAAGUUUUUUAAACUUCUAAGGAAGAAAGAAAAGGUUGAGGAUGGCCUUGUGUGCUAUGGAUGUGGUGAAGCCAGGCACAUCAAGAACAAAUGCCCGAAAAGCGGAAGGAAUGCUCGGCACUUCAAAAGGCAAAGGGCAUAUAUCUCUUGGGGUGGCGACUCUGGCGACGAGUCAACCGAUCAAGACGAGGACGAAACUGCCAACCUCUGUCUCAUGGCGCACGAAGACCAAACCGACGAUGUACAAGAGGAGAAGCUGGUCGACGCCUCUACUUGUGCCCCUUCUACUUCUGCAGCACAAGUGGUCUCGGUAGCCCGGCCCGUGGAUGAGGGUUUUGUUCUGGUGGAUGACAAGUUGUUCUUGGAGCAGCCGUCCUUCAUGCAGAAAGCUCAAGUCCACAAGCUCCGCAACCUUCUUCCGGAAGGUUACCAAUUGUCUUACCGGGCAACGUGGAAGAAUAUUAUUUCCCUCCAUGCUGGUACGACAAUUGGAAUCCACUACCAUUCCAUCAAGGACUUGGGUGAAUUCUCCAUUCACCCCUUCAAAGUCCUCUUCUUUGAGACAUACGAGAUCAUGCCCGGGCAGUUGACCACAAAUGGUCACCGUAUGCUGAGCAGUUUUAUCAAUGUCUGUCAAUUCCUUUGCAUCCCCCUCUCCCUCCGUCUCUUUGACCAUAUGUUCGACGUCUGGCCCGGGUCCAAGGAAACCCUUGGAUUCGUGAUUGUGUCCUCUCACCAGGGCCGGGCUUUUCUUUCCGGUCUCCCUCCUUCCAAUAGGGGCGGGAAAGAAAAGUACGUCUCCAUCAAGUUUCCCCCCGGAGACUUCCCUUUCGCCCAAAAUGCCUGGGGGGAAAAAACUCAAGUGGUGAAGUUCAACUCCAAGUUCUCCAUCCCCCACAUUGAGGAUGUCGGCCAAAUCGGUCAGGAAUGGGCCACCCGGCUCAUCAAGACCAAGUCUGAGGAGAAGGCCUGGCUGGAGGGCAUGAUGGUCGCCUACCGGAAGGAGGCCCAAGCUGCCCAUCUGAAGGCAGAGAAAACCGAGGAGAAGCUGUUGGAGCACUGCACAGCCUUUUGGAAACUCAACACCAAGCAUGAAGGGUUGCUGAAGGCUUCCAAAGAGGCUGACGCCCAAGCUCAGGAAAAGAUCCGGGAGCUUGAAGGGGAGAAGGCCAAGCUGGAGGAGGAGGCUGCCCAGUCAGCUGCAGAGAUUGCCGAACUGAAGGCAAAACAUGAAAGGGAAAGAAGCGACCAGGCUUCUCAUGCUGCAGCCUGGGCACCCCAAGAGCCUGAGCAGUUUGCUUCCCGGGUGAUUCCUGACAGGGAGACUGGCAUCUAGUUCUUCCGGGGCUUGUACAAGCAUGAAGUCUCAGCCAAGGUCAUCGAUGAGAUCGGGACCUUUGGCUUCGAGAGUGGCCAAUUCCAAGAGCGCCGGGGGCUAUACGGGAUUCUCCAAAGGCAAAUCCAGGGUUUUGAGCCCGAGGCCUUCUCCCUGCCCGAGCUUCAUGAUGAGGAUCCGGUCCCUCCUUUCAAAGGGAUAUGAUUUAAUGUACUCUUUUUUAUGAUGUAAGAACAUGCCCCCGGGCACUUGUACAACAUUUUGAAUUUCAAUGAAGUCAGUUUCCCAUC